GCGCUGUGCAGCCAUUGCAUUCUUACUGCUUGCCAACGAGGAAAAUCACGCACUUCUGAAAACAACUAGAAAUUUUCUAGUUCGGUUAAAAAAAAACAAUAUUUUGAUGGUUCAUCAAAUAAAUUAAUGAACAUUUUAAUUUAUUCUAGGUAUUUUCAUAAUGGCUGAGUCUGCAGUGCCAGCAAAAUCUCCUGCCAUUAUUAAGGAGGGCUGGCUACUAAAAAGAGGUGAACACAUAAAAAACUGGCGUCAAAGAUAUUUUGUGCUGCUAGAUGAUGGAUCAUUACUUGGAUUCAAGCACAAGCCUGAACCAAGCAUUGGGCUUGCCGAACCACUCAAUAAUUUCACUGUAAAAGGAUGCCAAAUUAUGAAAGCUGACCGCCCAAAACCAUUUACUUUCCAUAUUCGUGGUCUUCAGUGGACAACUGUAAUUGAAAGAACUUUUCAUGUUGAGUCAGAAAAAGAAAGGGAAGAAUGGAUGGUCGCUAUAGAGCAUGUGGCUGCGCGACUUCAUACAGAUACAGAUAGUACCGACGUAGAUAUGCCAGCUGUAUCCGAAGAAAACGAUCUGAAAAACUCUUCGUCACCCUCGUCCCUGUCCAAUAAAAUGGUUUCUUCGCCGAUGGAUUCAGGGAAUGAUGAAUUUCAAAUGAAAUUUCUCAUAACUGGAACCUCUAAUCGACCCCAUCAUUCAGGAAAAAAGAAAGUGACUUUGGAAAAUUUUGAAUUUAUCAAAAUGUUGGGCAAAGGCACGUUCGGAAAAGUCAUUCUUUGCCGAGAAAAAGGCACUGGGCACUUAUUCGCCAUAAAAAUCCUGAAAAAGGAAGUCAUUAUUGCGAAAGAUGAAGUUGCCCAUACGCUGACGGAAAACCGCGUACUGCAAACCACCAACCAUCCUUUCUUGAUUGCGUUGAAAUAUUCCUUUCAAACCGCUGAAAGACUGUGUUUCGUAAUGGAAUACGUCAACGGAGGCGAACUGUUUUUCCAUCUUUCGCGCGAGAGAAUUUUCUCUGAAGACAGGACGCGAUUUUAUGGAGCGGAAAUUGUUUCGGCGCUCGGUUAUCUACACGAGCAGGGAAUCAUCUACAGAGAUCUUAAACUGGAAAAUUUGUUACUCGACAAAGAUGGGCACAUCAAAAUAGCCGACUUUGGACUUUGCAAAGAGGACAUCACUUACGGGCGGACGACCAAGACGUUUUGUGGAACACCGGAAUAUCUAGCGCCCGAAGUGCUCGAAGACAAUGACUACGGAAGGGCAGUCGACUGGUGGGGUUUAGGCGUCGUCAUGUACGAGCUCAUGUGCGGCCGUCUUCCUUUUUACGACCGUGACCACGACGUUCUCUUUGAACGCAUUCUCUUGGAGGAAGUUCGAUUCCCCCGAACUCUUUCCCAGGAAGCCAAGGAACUUCUCGGUGGUUUGUUAGCUAAAGAUCCUCAAAAGCGUUUGGGAGGCGGCCCUGAAGAUUAUAAAGAAAUCACUCAACAUCCAUUCUUCUUGCCAAUCUCUUGGACGGACCUCGAGCAGCGAAAGAUUCCACCGCCGUUCAAGCCGCAGGUGGUGAGUGAAACAGACACUCGGUAUUUCGAAUCGGAAUUUACUGGCGAGUCGGUGGAAUUGACUCCACCGGAUCCCGGGCCGCUCCACAGCAUCAGCGAGGAAGUGGAACCGCCUUGCUACUUUGAAAAAUUUUCGUACUGCCCCGAAGCCAGUUCCACUUUAGGUUCCAACACGUCGCUCACGCACGCGGCUCUCGGCUAGGUUCCGCCUUGCAAUUUCUUCUCGAAUCCUUCGAAAAACGAAAACUACAAAAACUACAGAGCCCAGUUAUAGGGUGUGCAUCGCAAAUCGUGUACACACUUGCCCUGCCAGUGCCGAAUAUUGAAGCCGGUGUAAAAAAAGAGAACCACACGCAUGGUCUCUUGUCUAGAAUAGACGGCGGGUCUUUUGCGGGACUUUUGCCCGACAAGUAAAAAAAAAAUGCAUUUAGUUAAAACAGGAUUGGGGGGUCUAGUUCAGAGACAGUCGCCACGGUUUAUUCUUUCUUUUAUACCAAUCCCUUCCGACAAAUUCCGGUGCAGCUGGCCUUCGAUAGCCUCAAGUCAAUCGACCGUCGUACCGACUUAGAAGUAGAAUAUACCAGUAAGAAUGAAGACAUCAUUUCCGUUCAAACAUUAAGGGGGGGGGGGAGGGAACAUUUCUACUAUUUACCGUCUAGAAAAUCGUCCGUGUUUUUUAAAAAAUAAGAGGUUACCAAGUUAGUUUAGUACAUAGCUCCCGUUUUUCCCUCCUUCAGCUGCCCUGUUGACCUCUUAAUAAUUAUUGAGAAAUUUUGUUGUUUCUUUCUUCCUUUUUUUGAUUGUUAAAUUGCGAUCUUAAUCUUGGUAAAAACCCACCCAGUGAACAGUUAAUGAAAAAUGGGGGAUUGUGUUUGCUUUAAUUCUUUGUCGUUGGUUUCAUUCGUUUAUUACUUCUCUUUUCCUCUCCCUCGAUGUCCUCCUUCCCUAUGAAAAGAUCAAAUUGUUCGUUUCUUCUUUUGACACCUCCACGAAUUACAGCUCGCAUGAGGGCUGGUGCCUCCUCCAUUUGUUAUAUCCUUCUGCCUCACAACUGUUUCUCGAAUCCCUUUCUCUACCGUUUUUGCUUAUCAUUGAAAAAUUGUGAAAAUGGCAUGGAAAUUCAUUUUCCUCGUUUCGUCUUCUUAUCGUUCGGGUCUCUCAAAACUAUGCACCUGAGGUUACGCGUGGGACUUUUUUUGACUGUUACAGUUGUGUGUGUGUGCGUGCGCUCUCCUCCUCUUUUUGCUACUGUAUGAUACACAUUUUCUGGGAA